UUUGGCGCUAGAGGAAGGGCCUCAUCGUGUUUUGUGGUUAACUUUCGCUGUUGUAGCCGUUUUCGCACUUGAAUUGACCAUGUCGCAAUCUGGUCGAGAUCAUACAACCCAUCUUGAUCAGAGUCAAUCGACUAAUCAUUCCUCCCGGCGUUCAAUACCACCUCCUCCGGUCACGAAUAUCACGAAUUUUCUUCAAAACCCGGAGUUUCUUCAAGGAUUAACUUCUCGGAUAGCUCGAGCCAUGCCUAGACAUUCGAACAUUGUACCAGUAUCAACGCCGUUUCCUACGAACCCAACGGAACCUCCAAAUCAUAGUCAUCAUGAUCCUGAAACACACGCAGCGACAUCACAUGCUACGUCACAACCACACCAUACUUCUCUACGUCGAGAAGAGUUAACACGAAUAACUGCGAAUCCAGUCGUGAACAACCAGGCUGCGGAGCAGCCUCCCGUUCAAGAGAUGACUGCCGAAAGUCACUCUGCUCAUCGUCAAAGGAUUCCAUCGCGCCCAAGACCUACCUCACUAGUACCUCGUGAUCGUGAAGAUUUACGACGUCAGAUCGAAUGGAAUCGCAUGUCAAGACAUAGUGCGGAAGAAAUCGAGGUUCUCCGUAAACGAUUGGCUGAACUUGAGACUCGACAGAGAUCACAAGAAGACUCUCCCCGACAUGUCUCGAU